AGAGAACUCUACAACACGAGGGAGGGAGAGAGAGAGAGAGAGAGAGAGAGAGAGAGAGAGAAACAAGAGCAUUACCAGACCUCAACCUUCCCUCUGCAAUGGCCUCAGCUGCUCUCCUCAAAUCCUCUUUCCUUCCCAGAAGAUCGGAAUGGCUAGCAGGCCACUCGCUCCGUCCAUCUUCUUACUCUCAACCUGCAGCCAUCACCUUCACCGUUCGUGCAGGGGCCUACUCUGAUGAGCUUGUCAAGACAGCGAAAAGUAUUGCAUCGCCAGGUAGAGGCAUUCUGGCCAUGGACGAAUCCAAUGCCACCUGCGGGAAGCGGCUAGCGUCAAUUGGGCUGGAAAACACAGAGGCUAACCGACAGGCCUACAGAACUCUCCUGGUCUCAGUGCCUGGCUUGGGUCAGUAUAUCUCCGGUGCGAUCCUCUUCGAAGAAACUCUUUAUCAGUCGACAGUCGAUGGGAAGAAGAUGGUUGACGUUCUUGUCGAGCAGAACAUAACACCUGGGAUCAAAGUUGAUAAGGGUCUUGUACCACUUGCGGGGUCGAAUGAUGAAUCAUGGUGCCAAGGACUGGACAGCCUAGCAUCACGCUGUGCAGCUUACUAUCAGCAAGGAGCGCGUUUUGCUAAAUGGCGUACAGUGGUUAGUAUCCCAAAUGGGCCAUCAGCUCUUGCAGUGAAGGAAGCUGCUUGGGGGCUGGCUCGAUAUGCUUCAAUUGCACAAGAUAAUGGCCUGGUUCCUAUUGUUGAGCCUGAGAUAUUGCUAGAUGGAGAACAUGGAAUUGACCGGACAUUUGAGGUCGCUCUAAAGGUGUGGGCAGAGGUGUUCUUCUACCUUGCUGAGAACAAUGUCAUGUUCAAAGGGAUCCUGCUCAAGCCCAGCAUGGUCACCCCAGGUGCAGAGUGCAAAGAAAAGGCCACACCAGAGCAAGUUGCUGAAUACACUCUAAAACUCCUCCAACGAAGAAUCCCCCCUGCAGUUCCUGGCAUCAUGUUCCUGUCCGGUGGCCAAUCUGAAGUGGAGGCAACUUUGAACUUGAAUGCCAUGAACCAGGGGGCAAACCCAUGGCAUGUCUCGUUUUCUUAUGCAAGAGCACUCCAAAACACAUGUCUGAAAACGUGGGGAGGAAGGCCAGAAAAUGUGAAAGCUGCUCAGGAAGCUCUCUUGGUCCGGGCAAAGGCCAACUCACUAGCUCAACUUGGGAAAUACACAGGUGAAGGCGAGUCAGAGGAGUCCAAGGAGGGUAUGUUUGUCAAGGGCUAUACUUAUUGAGCAUCCUAAGCUGGUAAAACCAUUUUUUUCCAUGGUAUGGGUUUUGGAAACACUGCUCUGCUAAGAGCAGAGAAUGGGGUAUUGAGUGCUUCUUCAGAAGUCGGUCUUGAUUCAGAACUAGUAUACAGGUACAACAGCAUUUGCAGCAUGUAUUUGUAAUUACUUGCUAAGUUCAAGAAUUUGGUGCUCGAGUAGUUUUCUAUGUUAA